AUGACACUGGCGAAAUAUGUUGCGGACGCCAAGGACGUGCCAGAGACCGUUCCGAAAGAACAUAAGACCCAUCAGUAUCUCAGGGAUAACAACGUCACCCUUAGCAAUCAGCACACCAAGAUUCUCACCGCGGAUGAAGAACGGGUGUCCAUGGCUGGCCUCAAUAAGGUGAAGACAUUCUUUCAGAAAAGUGCAAGUGCGAAGCAAGUGGAAUCGCUGAUCCAGGGAACUCGCGGUCUCGAAAAGAAUGCGGCAACGGUCCAGGCCAUUCCGACCGCUACCAAGAAGAGCCUCUCUCAAUUCUUUGCUGAAAACCCUGCUAUCAAAAAGGAGCUCAUCGUAGCGGCAACGCUCUUGACAUUGAUCGCUGCGGUACCAAUGAUUGUAAAGUCGUUUUACCCAGCUAAAUAA